AUGGCAAAACACAUACGAAUUGACCAUGUUAAAUCCAUCUGCAUCGAUGGUGUAACCUUGACACGUCAAAGCGACGGCGAUUUUCAUUGCCAUGUAUGCAAGGCUGUCUACGAAGAUCCCCUACAACUGCAAACGCAUCAUAAGCGGACCCACGUUGAUGGUGUUCUCGUUUCCGACACUACGUCUCACGAUUCAGAUAGCAAUACUCAUGCACCUAGCAAGAGGAAACACGAUCAAACCGGUGACAUAAAUGAGCAGCCUCAGGCUGCAUCGCGUACUGGUGGUAUUCCUGCCGAAAUACCACCAGGGAGCGGUACUCCUCCCCGUGUCCCAACCCCACAGCUGGCGCACUGUAACGAUACUCCCUCCCCUAAGGUGCACAAGAAGAGAAAAACCAAGAAAGGCUCUAUCGAAGUAGAUAAGGAGGUUGAUGUUGUGUCUCGUGCUGGCAGUCCCCCAGAUCGUCCUUCCUCCAGCAAGAAGCGCAAGCAUAAAGAAAAGAAGGCGAAGAAGGCGAAGCAUCGCUCUGCCCCAGACGCACAAGAACAGCUAGAUUUAGGGGCACCGGCAUCGGCAGCCACAACUAUUCCGCCGUUACCUUCUCCAUCCCAAGCUGAUGUAGCCGUCCUAAACAAACUCAGUAUUAUCGUCGACCCCAUACACAAAAUCGCGAUCUGUAUUGAUUGUGAGAUCGCAAUCCCUGCUGAUCACGUCCGUACGCACGCUGUGAGCCAUGAUUUGCGACCUCCUCCACAAGAAGUCCUGCAACCCAUCCUCGCGUCGUUGGGAUGCGUGAACAAGUUCACUGCACCGUUAGGACGCAUUCCCCCCAUCGUUGGCCUCAAAAUACUUCGUGGCUCCUCAUGCUCAAUCGAUGGAUGUGGUUUCCUUGCUGUUGCCACACGCACCAUGCAAGACCACUUCGCCUCCAAGCAUCCUGGUUUCUCGUAUCGUCCGAACUCAGCAGAGCGCGACCUCCAACGCAUAUACGAGUUUCGUGGCAAUCAGACUCUUGUUGCCAUCGAUCUCAAUCUCAUAAUGCCGCCGCAGCAACGCGCAUUUAACGAAUACCUUGACGAGAUCACGCGAAAUGUUCCCCAUGUUGAUUCAGAUGUGUACCACGUUGACCAUGACACGAGGCAACACGGAACUUUCUUGGGCAAAAUGGGGUGGAACAAGGCUAUCGAGGGCCUUUCGGUGACGAAAGCAUUGCAGGUCGUGUCCAGCCCCAGCGACGACGAGCAACACUUUCAAGCGCUGCACACUGCUGUACAUGAUUGGCUCAGCGAGAUAUGUAUUGUGCUACCCAAUAUCGACGUUACUUUUUUGCGUUGGGUCAACACUUCUAAAGGCGAAAUUGUCAACGCUCCCUUUCGAGCCCCUGUUACGGAUACAUACGUGGCCAAAUGUGCACGUAUAUGGGCCCGCUUCCUCACAAUGUUACUACGUUUCACAGACGCUCCAGACAGCUGUCCCUUUGAACUCCUUCUCACUGCCACCCAAACAACAGCGCUCCAACAGCUCUUAGCGGUCUUGACAGGCGCUUUGCGAGGUCCUGUGACCCAUCAUAUUCAAGAGGUUUCGUUCUUAUUCUUGAGCACUCCCAACGAACACAUCACGCAGGAUCGUUUCAGCUGUAAUCUCAUCAGAUACAUGAUAAUGUCGCAUCUGCUUCUUGACGGUACUUUCGAACCCGCGUCCACCAUCGUUCCCAACUUGUCAUGUAUACAAUACUCCAUGCGUGCAACUGGGGUGUUCGAGGGGUACAAUCGCGUGUUGAAUGGUACGACUGACGGGCUGUUGAAUUUUUACUUCGAGACUCUCAAACCCAUGCUCACUGAAGGCGAAAGGUAUCCCUUCACCACGCUCAGAGAGGAGAUGCACUUGCUCUCCUCCAUAGCUCAUUCAGAGACCCGCCUGCCAUGUCUCCUUUGGAACACAGAACGUACCGUCCUUCAAGUUGACGGCUCCCCGCUCAUCAUAUCAGCUAUCAGAGACAUGGUCCAUUCGCUGAUCAGCCGCGCAAAUACCCUCAUCGUAUCGUUAUGCGAAGGCGUUGACAUGAAGGACUUUGACCAGUGUUUGAAGACCCAUUUGGAUCCCUUAGAGCCUGGCAAGUGGCCUAAGGAUCCGCUCCGUAAUAACACCCCGGGCUACUCUUUCAUUCAAGACCCACAAAAUCCGUUCAAAGCUUUUCAAGCCCUCUUGUUGCAGAGGUUCUAUGAUACGCCGGAAAUAUUCAACAAAUAUCAUGUCCGCCAGCCGUCCAGGACGGUAUUCAAGCAAGCGUCAGUCGCAAGGUGGUUCAAUGCACUGGCCGAAUUCCAUGACAUCGUUUUCUGCCUUGUCCAUGUGACUUCAGGAGGACCGGCUAGGGGCACAGAACUCGAAACAUAUCGCCUCACCAAUACACGUGAGGGUCCUCGGACGUUGUACUUUGUUGCAGGCCAUAUUACCUUCAUUACCGGCUACAACAAAUCUCGCCAGCGCACAGAUUAUCCCGACAAAUACGUUGCUCGUCCCAUUUAUCGCCCUCUCCAACCAAUCAUCAUGUACCUGGCAGGCCCCCUGCGAGGCAUUGCUGAGGUUUGGAUUCAUGCUAUCCAUACUCCCCCUAGGGACCUGGGCCCUCAGGUAUUUAUGCGAUUUAGCAAACCGCUGCGCAGCGAGGACUUCUCGCAAAUCCUCCAAACCCAAACUAACCAUCACUUGCAUGUCUCCAUGGGCCUACGCAUGUGGCGUCAAAUGAUCAAGGCUAUCAUGCGCCGUAUACUCAAUCUGGACAUCGAUGACGAAGGAGACCAACAAGAUGAUGCUAUCGACGAAAGUUUUGGACACAGCACCGGUACUGGCAGGUCACGUUAUGGGUUGACAUGGAACGACCUCCCUAGCCUUCACGAAGACAUGAUAUCAGAGUUGUUCCAGGUAUCGCAGCGCUUCUGGACGUGGUUAGACAACCCCAAGCGCGCCGCUCGCGAACCACAGAUUUCGUACACCACCCUCCACGAGAUGGCAUCGGCCACCCUGGAUAAGCUGCAGGCAGUCGCUGUUGAGCAAACCGUAGUCAUAAAGGAAACGGCUUCCAACAACAAGCUCAUCAUCGAUUUGCUGCAGUCGACGCACGAGAAGAUUGACCGUACUCAUCAGGCCGUCAUUCAAACUCAAGCUCGGUCUGGCGAUGUCUCUCAAUCACCUGUUCUUGAUGUCGGGCCUAUGGAAAUCGCAUUUGUUCGAACCCAAGGCCUCCGUGCAUAUCUUGCCGACCCAACGGCCAACUUCAAGAGCAUCCAACAGGCUUUGGCGGUAGAGGUCAUCUCACAAGGCUACCCUCACGUCCUGAUCAUAAUGCCCACGGGUGCUGGAAAGAGUGUGAUCUACGGCUCCCCUGGGUAUGUGGAGAAUGCUGGAUUCCGUCUUAUCGUCAUUCCAUAUCGAGCACUGCUCGACCAAGUCAUCGACGACGCCAACUCCAAGGGAUUGGCAUACGCCAUCUAUCCUUCCCGAGAUAUCAAUUUGUUCAUUUGUCGCUUGGUUUUCGUCAGCUUGGAGCGUUGUGCUGACAGCGAGUUUCGAACCUGGGUCAAGGCCUGCAAGGCGUCUGGCCACUUGCGAGGCAUCAUUUUUGACGAGGCCCAAGACAUCCUCAUAGCCGCCAUCUACCGUCACGCAUUUAAGAUGCUGCUCAGGAUCACCGAUCUUAAUGUUCAGGUGGCUUUGCUGACGGGCUCGCUUAGUCCUCGUUCUGAGGUCGCAUUGUUGCAGAUGUUGCGUAUGGAGCCGUCCCACGUGCGUAAAAUUCGCAUGCCCACCCACCGCCCGGAAAUUCAAUACCGUGUUCGCCGUACUACGAAGGAAACAAUCGACGACGACGUCGUCUCGUUGGCGCUAUCGUUUAAGCUCCAACCCCACGAGCGCGGCAUCAUCUUCGUACUGACUACCAAUUGCUGUGAGCAGCUGGCAGAGACAACGGGAUUCCCGUGCUAUCACGGCCAACUCAGUGACGAGCAGCGCAAGUCCGCCAUGAUGACGUGGAGAACGGGCAAGUCAGCAUGGAUUGUAGGAACCUUGGCGAUGGCUCAAGGAAUCGACGUUCACUCCGUUCGGAUUAUCGUCAAUCGCGAAAUCUCCUGGGUCAGUACCGAUCAACAGGGCAACAAGGAAGACAAGAUCCUAUCGAUGAUUCAUUUUGCUCAAAUGUCGGGCCGGGCUGGGCGUGACGGAAAGCCCAGCGUCCAUCACCUCCUCUACAGCAACAUACCCUCAGUCGACAUCAAUCCUUCAGAAGAUCACGCUGGCCUCCAAUCAAUGGUUGAUUUGGUAUCCCACCAAACCUGCCGUCGCAGGUCCAUUUCGCUUUUUUUGGAUGGCAUAGAUCAGACCUGCUUGUCCAUGCUUUCAACUGAGCUCUGUGACGUUUGUCAAUCACAUGCGCAUGUGGUCAGACACCAUCAGCAAUUUUACAGUAGCCCGUCUGGCUCUCGCCUGAAAUCUCUUGCACCUCCUCAAGCUCUCACUCCAGCCCAUACUCUCACCCAGGCAGCGGGCCCGAGAGUUCAUGGGCUCCCUACUCCCAUUAGUCGCCAUACCGCAAGUACAUCUCACCGUCAGACUUCACCAACGCCGUUCAGACAGGCUGGUGACGUGCGCCUCCCUCAAAUGAGCAACGACAUCGAGGAAACAACAUCCUCUCAUGAUUCCGAUGCAUCCCCCGCCCCCAAAGCCACGCAUUAUAUCCCCUAUGGUUCACGCGCCAACCAACCAGCUCCCGCCAAACGUGUUCACUUGACAACACACGAUCGUCCACCCCCACAACCUGCAUACGUCGCCCCGCGGGCUCAGGGCCCCAUUCGUUCUGGAUCCCAUCAUACUCAAGUUCCUCAGCCACCCUCCAACUCCACUCCUGAGGAUCCGUUCGUGCAUGAACCGCUCUUGGGAGAGGGUUAUCCCACCACCCGAUCUGGCAAGGAGCAGCACAUCGGUCGAUGGUGUCAGAUGAACGUCGGCAAGUGUUCGAUCUGUCUGUUCUUCUCCGACUUUGGCAGACAUUUCCCCUACUCGUGCCAUCGAGGCAUCCUCAAAACUCAGGGGUAUAAGCAGUACAGACAACAACUACGUUUCACUUCCAAUGGAUUCUGUUAUGGCUGCCUCGCUCCUGAUCCCGUCCACCAGAAUCAGGCGCAGCCCAACCCCAAAAGCAAAUUCUCCUGUCUCUACGAUGACCAACUUCGCCCACUUGCGUACGUCAUUUACGACGACAAGCCCAUCUUCAAGGCCGUCUGCCGGGCGAUGGGCAUAAACAGCAGGAAGUUUUUAAACCGCGAUGCUUACCACAAGUGGCUUGGACAGUAUGAACCUCAUCCCGAAGCGCUUCCUAACAUUCACGAACUCCUCGUACACUAUAUGAACCUGAAGCUUUUAGACCAGCUGCCUGCCGCUCAAUCCUGA